CGAUUGUGCCAUUUCACCAUGGCCUUAUUGACUGAGCUUCACUAGACGAACACAAACGACUGUCCAAAUAGACGCGGGCGCGGAAACACCGAAGAGUAACAGAAUGGCUGCCGUGGCACCUGCUGCAAGCAGCGAACCAGCCUUUGUGGGAGAUCUAGAGAGAAAGCCGAUCGUUUCCGACGCUGAGAAGCCGUCGAUGCUGAAGCGACUGUGCGCUUGCUGUCGGCAUGAGGCUUCGUCCAGCGAAGACGUGAUUCAGGCUGAGCCGGAACGACGGUUACGAGCCAAUGAUCGUGCCUAUAAUUCGCAAUUUAAAUAUGCGGACAACUACAUAAAAACAUCCAAGUACAACUUGAUUACGUUCGUGCCGCAAAACCUGUUUGAGCAGUUCCAGCGGAUAGCAAAUUUUUAUUUUCUAGUUUUAAUGAUAUUACAGUUUAUCCCUCAAAUAUCAUCCGUUUCAUGGUGGUCUACAGCUGUUCCAUUAGUGUUUGUUUUAGCAUUUAGUGCUGUUAAGGACGGGUACGAUGAUGUGCAACGGCAUAUCUCCGAUAGGAAAGUCAACACGCGGAAGUCUUACGUGGUACGGAAUGGGCAUCUGAACGAGGAAGAAUGGAGCAAUGUUCGGGUCGGCGAUGUCAUUCGAAUGAUGAGCAAUCAGUUUGUGGCGGCAGAUCUAUUGCUGCUGUCAACUUCUGAACCUCAUGGGCUUUGCUACGUCGAGACGGCGGAGCUUGACGGUGAAACCAAUUUGAAGACGAGGGUCGCCUUGGCAGAAACAGCAGAGAUGGGUGAUAGUCUCGAUGACAUCAGCAAGUUCCAGGGAGAAAUUGUCUGCGAAGCUCCGAAUAACCAUCUGAACCGAUUCCAAGGAAAACUCAUUUGGCAAGGAAAAGAAUAUCCCAUCAUCAAUGAGAACAUCCUGCUUCGUGGAUGCAUUCUUAAAAAUACGCGAUGGUGUUACGGUUUGGUGAUCUUUGCCGGCAAGGACACGAAGCUGAUGAUGAACUCAGGAAAGACGAAGAUGAAAAGGACGAGUCUUGAUCGCUUUCUCAACAUCCUCAUCAUGGGAAUUGUGCUUUUCUUGAUCGCAAUGUGUCUGAUCUGUACCGUCCUCUGUGGAGUGUGGGAAUGGACCACUGGUCGUUGGUUCACCGUCUAUUUGCCUUGGGAUGACAUCAUUCCAAAUCGCCACCAACAUGGUUCACAACAAAUCGCGGUCAUCUCAUUUCUGAUGUUCUUUUCCUAUGUGAUUUUGCUCAACACUGUAGUGCCUAUCUCGCUUUAUGUUAGUGUGGAGAUAAUCCGGUUCAUACAUUCGAUGUGGAUAAAUUACGAUCAGAAGAUGUUUUACGAAGAGGGUGAUAAGUGUGUGCCGGCACGAGCGCAUACCACAACAUUGAACGAGGAGCUUGGGCAGGUGCAAUACGUGUUCAGCGACAAAACGGGUACGCUUACUAGGAACAUCAUGACAUUCAAUAAAUGCACUAUCAAUGGAGUUUUGUAUGGGGAUGUGACUACCUCCAGUGGGGAACCGGUAGAGAUUAAUGAUGAAACCAAGCGCCUCGAUUUCUCCUGGAAUCCCCACUACGAAGAGUCCUUCAACUUUUAUGAUAACAAGCUGUUGGAUGACACAAGAAGUGGCGUGUCGGAGGUAUCAGAAUUCUGGCGUUUGUUGGCCUUAUGUCAUACGGUAAUGCCCGAACGGGACAAAGGACAACUCGUCUACCAAGCUCAAUCUCCCGAUGAAGCUGCCCUGACCGCGGCUGCCCGCAACUUUGGUUAUGUUUUUCGAGCCAGGUCACCAACGUCUAUAACCAUCGAAGUUAUGGGUAAAGAAGAGGUAUAUGAACUCCUUUGCAUUCUCGACUUCAACAACGAACGGAAGCGAAUGUCUGUAAUAACAAGAAACUCUCAAGGAAAAAUUCGUCUCUACUGCAAAGGAGCAGAUAUGAUGGUUAUGCAAAGGUUAAAAAAGUCCACAUCUCCUCUCCUCAUCAACUCCACCAACUCUCAUCUAGCUGAAUUUGCCAACAUCGGUCUGCGCACUCUUUGUCUAGCCUACAAAGACAUUGAUCCGGCUUAUUAUGAUGACUGGAUUGAGCGACAACAACAAGCAGCUGUGGAUAUGUACAACCGUGAGAAAAAGCUUGACGAGAUCUAUGAAGAAAUGGAGAAAGAAAUGACACUUAUUGGAGGCACGGCUAUAGAGGAUAAGCUCCAAGAUGGAGUUCCGGAAACGAUAGCUCGAUUGGCAGAGGCAAACAUCAAGAUCUGGGUUCUGACCGGUGACAAAACUGAGACCGCCAUAAACAUCGCAUACUCAUGUCGACUGCUGACGGACGAGAUGAAGGAGAUCGUGGUGAUCGACGGUCAGACGCAAACGGAAGUGGAAGUGCAGCUGAAGGACACGAAGACGACGUUCGACCGAAUCAUGCACACCGCGCAAUCACCUCUCAUGAUGAACAAGCAGCGAUUCGAAAUCGAAACCAUACAUGAAGACGGGCAAGCGCCGACAAUGACUUACGGAGUUUCUAACACCAAGACAGCGCAAUCCCCUACCGAAGGUCGAUCAGAUGGCGGAGUUGCACUUGUCAUCAAUGGUGACUCUCUCGGAUUCGCACUGGACGAACGCUUGGAACGAAUGUUUCUGGAAAUUGCUACGAUGUGCAUGGCGGUGAUUUGUUGUCGAGUAACACCUUUGCAAAAAGCGCAGGUCGUAGAUUUGGUCAAGAGGAAUAAGAAAGCCGUAACGUUAUCUAUAGGAGAUGGUGCAAACGAUGUGUCAAUGAUUAAAACUGCUCACAUAGGCGUGGGAAUAUCGGGACAAGAAGGAAUGCAAGCGGUCUUAGCGUCCGAUUACUCUAUUGGACAAUUUCGGUUUCUGGAACGGCUGUUAUUGGUUCAUGGCAGAUGGUCAUACAUACGAAUGGCGAAAUUUUUGCGUUAUUUUUUCUACAAAAAUUUUGCCUUCACGCUCACACAUUUUUGGUACUCUUUCUUUUGUGGAUACUCUGCUAUGACCGUGUUCGAUGCUGUAUUUAUUGCUUGCUACAAUCUUUUCUUUACCGCUCUUCCCGUAUUAGCAAUGGGUUCAUUUGAUCAAGACGUGGACGAAAACUAUAGUUUACGGUACCCUAAAUUAUACCUGCCUGGUCAGUUCAACCUAUUUUUCAACAUGAGGAUAUUUAUCUAUUCCAUACUUCAUGGCAUGUUUAGUUCGCUAGUCAUAUUCUUCGUUCCAUAUGGAACUCUAUUGAAUGGAGUUUCAUCAAACGGCAAAAAUCUAGACGAUUACUCUACACUAGCUUUCACUACCUUUACGGGUCUCAUCGUAGUAGUUACCGGUCAAAUUGCCUUCGAUACCGCCUACUGGACGGGAAUCAACCAUUUCGUAAUUUGGGGAUCGUUGAUAUUCUAUUUUAUGGUCGCAUUUGUGAUUUAUGAAGCCCUAUCCGUGAACCUCCUUGCUAAAACUACUUCAACGCUUUCUUAUGGGGUAGCGUUCAGAAGCAUGGCUACUCCUCAAUUUUGGUUUUCCAUACUUAUGGUGACAGUCAUCCUGCUGCUCCCAGUGCUGUUGAAUCGCUUCUUCUGGUUCGACACACAUCCAUCGUUUGCCGAUCGUCUCAAGGUGCGGAAGAAGUAUGGCAAGAGAAAGUUUGGCAUCAAAGAAAAGGAAGAGCACAAACCAUCCCUCAGACGUUCGACAGUUACUCGUCGCAGUAUGCGCGGAUCGCUGCGUUCAGGCUAUGCUUUCUCGCAUUCACAAGGUUUUGGUGAACUUAUCCUCAAAGGAAAGUUGUUCAAAAAUGUCGAGCAGCUGCGAAAGAAUGGGCGAGUCACUUCUGCUCCCAAUGGUCUUUCUCCUGUAGCUGAGGUGCCCUCACCGUCACUACUAACAGCGGUACCCAAUAACGAAGAGACGAGUCCAAGUUCCGCAGGAAUGCCAAUCAUGACGCUGCCGUUUGAGCCCGUUGUACAACAGCCACAUCGCCUGACGGUCAACGACGACGAAUGGUCUGUUGUCGACGCGGAUCCAAGGGAAUUUCGAGGCACGGUGAUUCGCGGAGAUGGAAAACCAGCUGCGCCUUCACCGACCGAAAAGUCGGACUUCUUCAAAGGAAGCUCGCUGAUGUCUUCGUCCAGUAAUGGCAGUGGCAGCAGCUACCCACGGAAACCUUGGCGGACGGAGACAGAGGUCGAAGAGGACGACAUAACUGUCGAACACUUCUAAACGGAAUCUCAGAAGAGGAGAGAGCUGCCGAAUCGUCUACGCUCACUCUCUAACAUUCCUUCUUUUCUUUCAUGUACAUCAACAGAUGAAAACGAGUCGACGCAUUUGCUUUUGUUAUUGUUUUCUUAUCAUACGAUUUUUUGUGCUCAAAGCUUUACUUGAUGUUACUAAUUGUUGCUUCAGCUGUAUAUGAAUCAUAUUUCUGUUGCCCUCAUUCUGCCGACCUCAUUCCGGUGUUCUACCGCUUUCUAGUUCUUGUUAUUUUUUUCUAAGCUUGUAAACCUCCUGCUGUGAUUCCUAGAGUUUUAUGACUGAACAUAUAUUUAUAUAUACACAUCAAGCCAAACGUUCUGACUGUGAUACAUCUGGGUUCAGGAGUGCCGUACUUUUACACAUAUGGUCACGAUUGUCUUUGAUUUUGAUGCAAGUUUUUCAUUGAUAAUUGUAUGUAUAUUAUAAAGAUGAAAUUAC